AUGCUCAUUCCGUGUGAGCGCUCACGACUUUUUACACUGACUUGUUUUCCAUCACAUUUAUCCAAGCACAGAGUACAGCGCACUCAAAGAGUGAAUACUAUGGCUGCAACGAAUAUUGUCGGCGAACGCAGAAAAAGCUGGGACUGGCCUCUUCAGAAGAACGACGAAUUUGUGGAGGUCAUAGAAGAUUCCGAACAUUUUGAAGUUGGCUUAGAUGUAAAGAAUUUCACACCAAAGGAAGUCCAGGUCAAAACGAUGGGAGACCUUGUCCAAGUGUUGAUGGAGCACGAAGCAGGUGAAGGUGAUUUGAGUAGGAGUAUCAUGAGGUGCUACAAACUACCCGAUGGUGCCGAUGCAAGCACGCUGAAGAGCAAUCUUGACGGCGGAAUUCUUCACAUUUCAGCCAAGAAGAAGCAUUGAUGAUGGUAUGCAGUUGAAAUUGCUUCUUUGCAUUCGAAAACCAUUCGCGUGUUAUUUUUGAAAGUGCAAACUUUUUCGCAUUGUAUCCAUUGCAUAUAUGUUUUAUUUGCGCACAUAAGUUGUACAUAUUUGAAUUGACAUAAGCAAUAAAAAUUGUUUAGUUUCGGU